AUGUUCGGGUGCAGCAGGAGCCAGCCCCCAGCGCCCCUCAGGUGGCAGCGCCGCCGAGGCAGCAUGCGAAAGCAAAACUUCCUCGCCCUGCUUUCUGCCUUGUCGCUGGCUGGAGGAUCUGCCGGCAACGGCCCUGAAAAUGAUGGUUCAGGAGAUGGAUCACCGAUGUUAUCCACUGUUACAGUAACGCCUCCUCCUGCUACACAUUCUUCGACUGCAGAUGACCACGAGCCAGUACUUGUCACUGCAAGCACUACUGAAAGCACCUUUGAAACAAAAAGUACUCCAAGUACUGAAUUGAAUGCCAUGAACGAUCAGGACAGCCUAGAAGCAGAAGAACAGUCUAUCUUGAUAUACGUUGUCCCCGUCGUGCUGCUGGUCCUGCUGAUUUUGCUCAUCGCAUUUUUUGUAAUACAUCAUAAAAGGAAAAAGUCUAAGCAAGAUGAGCUGGGAAGUGAAAAUGUGAAAAGUCCUAUUUUUGAAGAAGACACACCCUCUGUUAUGGAGAUAGAAAUGGAAGAGCUUGAUAAAUGGAUGAACAGCAUGAACAAAAACGCUGACUGUGAAUGUUUGCCUACUGUAAGAGAAGAAGAAAAAGAAUCAAUUGCCAACCCAAGGGCUGCUUUGUCAUUCUGUGGGAAAGGUGAGCGAUGCUCUGUGAGGAAGCUGGUGAAGGAGGCUGCUGUCUGCAAAAACAGCCCCUGCCAAUUCGUGACGAAAAGCGGCCUGUACAACCGUUAUCCCGACUACCGCGUUGGAGGCGCCCAGAGCUGGGCGGCGUUGGGGAGAAGCCCGAGCCCAGAGACCGGGCCCUGCCGGGGACAGGCAGGCCCUGGGCUCGGGGAGCACCGGCAGAGCGGAGGCGCAGCAACAGCCGCCAGGUGA